CUCUGAAAUAUACAUAUAUGCUAUUCAUACAUCUGUGUAUAAAGAUAAGAACACCCGAAGCUUUCAACAAUGCUCAGGACUGUUAUCUCUGUUCAUGACGGCCCUUUGUAUUAGUUCUGACAACAGCUCUAAAUGGAUUGCUCAAUUGUCUCCAACAACUUUGUGACAUCAUAAAAGAACACUGAAAGUUCUGCGGCUCUCCAGCGUACGAGAAGAAGUCACGUCAUUUCAGAGGCCCAUCUUGGAAUGGGCUUGAAUGAAGCCAGAGGCUAGAAGGUGGAGCUCAGAUAUAUGAUGCUCAGCCACCUCAUACAUAUCGGUUAGGGGCUGUCUUGGGCAUCAUGGAUGAUGCAGAGGUUCUGAAAAGGAGAGGCUAUGUUAUGGGAAUCAAUCUUGGCGAAGGAUCCUAUGCAAAGGUGAAGUCGGCCUACUCAGAUCGGCUGAAAUGUAAUGUGGCAGUCAAGAUCAUCGAUAAGAAGAAAGCGCCACGGGAUUUCCUGGAAAGGUUUCUUCCCCGAGAGAUUGAGAUGUUGGCCAGAGUGAAGCACCAAGCCAUCAUCAAGACUUAUGAGAUAUUUGAGACCUCAGAUGGGAAAGUCUACAUUGUGACCGAACUUGGGGUACAAGGAGACUUGCUGGAGUUCAUCAAGAGGCGAGGAGCUCUCCCGGAAGAUGUCGCUCGGAAGAUGUUCCGCCAGUUAGCAGGGGCUAUCAAGUACUGCCAUGAGUUGGACAUUGUCCACCGGGACUUGAAGUGCGAGAACCUUCUGUUGGAUAAAGAGUUCAACAUCAAAUUGACAGACUUUGGCUUCUCUAGACGCGUGGCUCGUGAUGAAGAAGGCCGGGUCAUGCUCAGUAAAACCUUCUGUGGAUCUGCAGCCUAUGCAGCCCCAGAGGUGCUGCAAGGGAUCCCUUACCAGCCUAAGAUUUAUGACAUAUGGAGCAUGGGCGUUGUCCUCUUCAUCAUGGUUUGCGGCUCCAUGCCUUACGACGACUCAAACAUAAAAAAAAUGCUCAAGCUUCAGAAGGAACACCGGGUGCACUUCCCCCGGUCCAAAGUGCUGACAAUCGAAUGCAAGGAUCUCAUUUACCGCAUGCUUCAACCCGAUGUCUCCCGCCGAUUGUGUAUCGAUGAGGUUUUGAUGCAUGUCUGGAUGCAAGAACCCAAAUCCAUUUCGGACACCACACUGGCAAAAACUGGCGAGACUUCUCAUCAGAACCAGAUGCGGGCCUUAUACGGCAAAGAAACGGGCGCUGAACCCUCAGACAACGAACAAGUGAUUCAAGAAGAAAGGCAUAUUGAUAUGGAUAAACUCUCUGAGCAUGUGCAAAAGCCCUCAGUCUGAACAGGCCAGAGACCUCGCAACAACCCAAAGAUGAUGGACAGUGGCUAUCUGCGGCUCAUCUUGAAAGGUCUCUAUGCUAAAAAAAAUAACAAAGGGAAAAAACAUUGUGAAAGAGAUUAGGGAAGAAAAUAGGGAAGAAUGCUUUUUCCAACAUCAAGCGCUUUCAGAUUUCCAUCCUGGAAACCACCAAAAAGCCCAUAAACAUCUGCCCUGCUCCAAGUCUCCACAUUUAUGAGUGGAUCAACAUUGGAAAGAGAGAAAUUGGCUCUCCCCCUCUUCCCUGUGUUCAUCUUCUCAAAACUGAAAAUAAAAUCACCUGUAGAUUGAUUUUGCUGUAAUCUGUCGGGCCUGAUGGGCCCGAUGUUUUUGUGAGGUCUUUUGCAUUGCAUCCCACCAGCCAGAAACCUAAAAAGUGAAACGCUAACUGUCCUCUUUCCUUUGAAUUAUCAGCAACAUUGAAAUACACAUUUUUGCCAGAUUAAAAAAAUAUAUACCAAUAUAAUAGUGGGAUUUCCAAUAUAAUAGUGAUGCUGGUGAAAUAAAGUUUUUAGGAGAUAUAAAUAAAAUGCAUCUAUUAUUUUA